AUGGUUAUUGGUAUUAACACAACUUUUAGCAGCCAAAAGAGAAGAGACUCUGUUCGUGCUACUUGGGUGCCACAAGGUGAUAAACAAAAGAAGCUUGAGGAAGAAAAGGGCAUUAUAAUUCCAUUUGUAAUAGGUCACAGUGCUACAGCAGGCAGUAUUCUUGAUAGGGAUAUUGAAGUAGAGGACAGGAAGCAUGGAGACUUUCUGAGGCUGACAAAAAUUAACCAUGCUCGCCUCCCACCAGGUGGUGCUUUUACUGGUGAGAUUAGUGCUGAGAUGCUUCUCAAUCUAAGCAUUCCUUGGGUCAUUAUCAGCCAUUCUGAAAGGAGGCUUCUGUUAGUUUGUUGGAGACAAGUUGCAUAUGCCCUGGAUCGAGGUUUGAAGGUAAUAGCUUGUGUUGGGGAGACCCUUGAGCAGCGAGAAUCAAGAUCGACUAUGGCUGUUGUUGCUGCACAGACUAAGGCAAUUGCAG